AUGACCAGUUACAAGUCACAGUAUCGUAAUGAAAUCAUCAAGAUGAUGUACGUGGCCGGGCACACUGUUGAGCCGUCAGUCGAAACCACUAGCCUCAUCGAGAGCAUUGUCCGAGACGAGACUGCGAAUAUGGUGGCAACAGCCGGCGAACUCGCCUCCCGCCGCGGCCAAGCCAGAUUCACAGCCAACGACCUGCUCUUCCAAGUGCGGCAUGACAGCAACCGGCUGGCCCGACUGCGUCACCUGAUGCGGUGGCAUAAACUCCGCAAGCAGGCCAAAGGAAAAGAAAGUGACAACGCAGGGCCAGAGGAGCUCAACGAGCUCAUCGACGCGGAAGACGUAGACGACGACGACGAUGGCGGUGACUCGACUACUACUAUUAUCAAAGACGACCCAGCCGAGACCGGCAGUAACACCACCACAACAAAGCACGUAGCCCUAGCCCAAGGCGCCCCUUCCCUCCCGCCCCUUCCCUGGUCCACCCCCUUCUCCUUCUUUUUCUCCUCCUUCUCCCCCCCGCACAACACCAACACCAACAACACCACAAUAAUAACAACCUCCAACACCAUCCCAUUAUCCAUCACCUCCCUCGCAACACAAGACGACAUCACCAGCGAGCGCCAAGCCCUCCAGCACAAGCUAGAGCGCGACGACCUCCGGACGCGCGACAUGUCCGCCUACGAGUACAACACCCGCUGGUCCGGCGCGCGGGCCGCGUCCUUCACUCACAAGCAGAGGACACGCUUCCGGGCGUGGUGCGGCCUGGGUGCCGUGGCGGAUCACGCGGCCAGGGACGAUGGUGUCUGUGUUCUGAUGCUGGGGGCGCUGGCGCGCGAGUGGGUGCAGGAUUUGACGGAGCGGGCUAUGGUUGUUGCUGCUUCGCAGGAGAGGGAGGAGGAGGGGUGGUGUCUUACCAGUGCUGGUACUACUACUACCAGGGUGGGCGGGAAGAAGAGGAAGAGGGAGGGGGAUGAGGUGGUGGAGGAGGAGGAGGCUCGUUGCAAGUUGCGGGGCGGCUGUCCCAUCGAGCCGCGGCAUGUGGGGAGGGCGUUUGAGCUACUGACUACGGCGAGGAAGGGGUAUAGCGGGAUGUCGAAGGGGAUGCGCUUGGGGCAGGGGAAGAGGCGCAGGAUGUUUUGA